CUUAGUGACCUGCGCUUGCGUGAGGCCUGGGAGCCCGGAGACCGAGGACACCCGGAUAUGAGGUGACCCGGAGCCGCCCGCGGGCUUGUGAGGGGACAUCCCGUGAAUACAAGGCGGCAGUAAACAUUAAGGGCCAGCUGGCUGGAGACAUUGCCGGAAGGGGCAGUAUAGCUGGAGCCCUGGGACCCCCCAGAGGAGGCCUCAGGGGCCGCUUCAUGGAUAAAGCCCUAGGCGCAGACCCCUGCAUCGAGAUGGAUGAACAGGAAGCCUUGAAGUCCAUUAUGAAGGACCUGGUGGCCCUCCAGAUGGGGAGACGACAUCGGACGCCGGGGAUCGACGGGGUGAAGACGAAGGCCAGCAACCUGCCCAAUAAACAGAACGAUGUCAGGAUAAAGUUUGAACACAAUGGGGAGAGGAGGAUUCUCCAGUUUACCCGACCUGUGAAGUAUGAAGAUGUCGAGCAGAAAGUGAAGAGCGUGUUUGGACAGCCGCUUGACCUCCAUUACAUGAACAACGAGCUCUCCAUCCCUCUCCGAAGUCAAGAUGACAUUGACAAAGCCGUGGACCUCUUGGACCGGAGUUCUAGCAUGAAAAGCCUUCGCAUCUUGUUGCUUUCUCACGACCGCAACCACACUCCGGCGCCCCAUUCGGGCCUCCAGAAACAAGUGCGGAUCAAGGCCUCGCAGUCCGUGGGAGACAUCAACACGGCGUAUCACCCUGCCGAGUCGCGCAGCCGCCACCUCUCAGUCAGUUGCCAGAACACCGGCCGCAGCUCGCCGCCUCCUGGCUACGUGCCGGAGAGGAUGCAGAGGAUGCCGCGGCAGGGCUCCUACACCAGCAUCAACAGCGAGGGCGAGUUCAUACCGGAAACCAGCGAGCAGUGCAUGCUAGACCCCCUGAGUAGUACAGAGAAUUCUGUGUCCGGCAGCUGUCAAUCACUGGACCGAUCAGAAGACAGCCCGUGCUUCAGGAAGUCGCGCAUGUCAAGAGCACAGAGUUAUCCAGACAAUAGACAGGACUACUUGGACUGUGAGAAUCAGUUCUACGACAGAGCGGGGAAAGGGGGUACUUACCCUCGAAGAUACCACGUGUCUGUCCACCACAAGGAUUAUAACGACGGCCGCAGAACCUUUCCGCGGAUCCGUCGCCCUCAAGGGAAUCUCUUCACUCUUGUGCCCUCCAGCCGUUCCCUGAGUAGCAACGGGGAGAACAUGGGGUUAACCGUGCAGUAUCUGGAAACCCGAACCCGCCUGCGCAGCGCCGACAGCGAGAACACGCUGAGCGUCCAGGAGAGGAACGUACCCACAAAGUCUCCCAGCGCCCCGAUUAAUUGGCGUCGGGGAAAGCUGCUGGGUCAGGGGGCGUUCGGGCGAGUUUAUCUGUGUUACGACGUGGAUGUGGGACGGGAGCUGGCAGCGAAGCAGGUCCAGUAUGACCCAGACAGUCCGGAAACGAGCAAGGAGGUGAGUGCUUUGGAGUGUGAGAUCCAGCUCCUAAAGAACUUGCAUCACGAAAGGAUUGUGCAAUACUACGGAUGUCUACGAGACAAAGGGGAGAAGACGCUGACCAUCUUCAUGGAGUACAUGCCAGGGGGCUCGGUGAAAGACCAGCUGAAAGCUUAUGGAGCCCUAACGGAGAACGUAACCAGGAGAUACACCCGGCAGAUCCUGGAGGGAGUCUCCUACCUGCACAGCAACAUGAUCGUGCACAGGGACAUCAAAGGGGCCAACAUCCUGCGCGACUCUGCAGGCAACGUCAAGUUGGGAGACUUCGGGGCCAGCAAGCGGCUCCAGACCAUAUGCAUGUCGGGCACCGGAAUCCGCUCCGUGACCGGGACACCGUACUGGAUGAGUCCGGAGGUGAUCAGUGGAGAAGGCUACGGAAGAAAAGCAGACGUCUGGAGCCUGGGCUGCACCGUGGUGGAAAUGCUAACGGAGAAGCCUCCUUGGGCUGAGUAUGAGGCCAUGGCAGCCAUUUUUAAAAUUGCCACCCAGCCAACCAAUCCCCAACUGCCCCCAAACACAUCCGAGCAAUGCCGGGACUUUAUAAAGCGGAUACUGGUAGAUGCCCGGCAGAGACCGUCGGCCGAAGAACUCCUCCGUCAUCCCUUCGCUCAGCUGACAUAUUAAAUGUCAAACCUUUCCGCCCCCCCUCGGCAUUAUGCUCGUGCGUAUCGCUAGGGGGUAGCGGAUGUCCACUGACGACGCGCGAGACUGCAAGCAGCGGAUGCGACAAUCAUUCCCAACGUGCUGCGUACAGAGCAGGGUCCGUGAGCC